UUUAUAAUAAAUUAUAUAAAAGGUUUGUAUGAUUUUACUAAAUCAAAGAAUUAAAAAGUAAGAAAACACUGUAAUAGCAUUUAUACCAACUAGCUUUUAUUUAAUAUUUACCUCAAAAUCAUACUUCAAAAAGUAUUUGGUUUAGGAAAAUCACUUAUAAGCCUUGAAUAAAAAAUGUCUAAAACAAGUAAUAUCACUAAUUAAUGCAAUAAGCCAUUUUAAAUAGAGUAUAAUGAUGAAUGGACUUACUGUACAAGCUCUCACAAAUCAUAAUUAAAUGAAGAAGAUAAGCAUCAUAAAAAACUAAAGUUACCAAAAGAUAAAAUCAAAAACAGUGAAUAAUAAAAUUUGAAACAAAAGACUUCUGCCAUUAGUUAGAACACUAAAAAUUCAUAGGAUUGCUAAAUAAACCAAUUUAAGCAAUAAAUUAAUGCUGAACCUAAUUCGAAGCAUGAUGCAACAUAAAAUAAGAGCAAAAAAGAAAAAAAAAACAAAGUUAUUUAUGUAAGAAAAAAUCCAUAGCCCGUGUAAUGUGAUAUCCCUCAAUUACAAAAUUGUUAAUAACAGGAUGAAAAUAUUUAAAAAUGCUUGGAAGAAUAGGAUGAGCAAUAAAAGAUCUUAGAAAUAAUGAGUCAAAUACAAAAGUUAGUAGAAACUGAAUAUUCUAAAGUUGAGAGUAGCUAAUAAGACAAUUAAUAAAUUAGUGCAUUAAAUACAGAUAAAAUAGAAUCCUUAAGUGCUAAUGAAGAGAACACUCGUUUAGAAGCAGAUGUAAGUGAAAGAAUAAGUACUGAAAGUAGGAAGAAAUCUGAAAGCAAUAAUGAACCUGUUGGAAAUGUAGAGUUUAAUAUAUUUUUGUAAGACAGAGAGUAGAAAUUAUUGUAAGACUAGCCAAGUCAGGUUAAGCAGCAAAAAGGAGCUAAUCUCUUUUACACACCUUAAAAAAAACUAAACAAAAAAACAGAUGUACAACAAUACUAUUACUAGCAAUUUUCUAAGCGUGGUCUCUAUAGUGCUCACCACCGUAGAAAUGACGAAGAAGAAGGAUCUCUUAAUAGACAUUUUACGCAAUCUCCUGGCUUUACACGUUAAAAAGAAAAUCAAGAAGAUAUAAAAGUUAGAAGGUAGGAGGAUAGACUAAAAAUGCUUACAUCUGUGCUGAGUCCAUAAAUUGCUAAUAUAAAUGGAUAUCUUGAUAUGGGAUGCGGAAAUUGUGAAAUAACAGCUUAAAUUGGUAAAGUUUAUGGGGCAAAAUACAUCGUAGGAUGUGACAUUUAUUCUGAAGAUCAAUUUGUUCGUCCAGCAGAUACUCCUAGUAAUAUUUAAUUUACUUAUAUAGCAAACAAGAAAGACAGUCUACAACCUGUAUAAGACAAAAGCUUAAAUCUAAUUACUUGUUUCAUGGUUUUACACCAUAUUGAAAAUCUUGAUACGAAUCUAAAAGAACUUUAGAGAGUUAUUAUAGAUGGUGGUUAUUUAUAUAUAAGAGAGCAUGAUGUUCCAUAAGAAAAUAUUGAGCUGGAUAAGUAUUUGAGAUACAAGCAUGAAAGAUUUGAUGACUGUGGUUAAUAUAUGAAGUUUUGGGGAAAAAACGAGUUGAGAAAUAAAUUAAGUUAAUUUGGAUUUAUUCAUAAAAGUGAUUCUCUUUACGAAGAUGAUCGCCCAAACAGACAAAAAGUGUAUCACAGUCUAUUUUAAUUUAGUAGUGAGCAUCUUAAGUAAGUGAAUGAGCAACUUAUUUCAGUUUAAAUAUCUGAAGGACACCAGUAAAACCAGUAAAAUACCGAAUAGCAAUAACCAACCAUAAUUUCUUAAAUAAAUCUAUCAAGUAAUGAUAAAAAAUAUAGUAAGAAUUCAGAAACAGAUUAUAAUUAUGAAAAUAAUAUCAAAGAAAUAAAAGUAAAAAUUUUUGAAAUAGAAAAUGAAGAUUAUGAAAUUAAUUCACUUUCUCAAUCAUCAACAGAAAGUGAAAAACUUUAAGAAUAAAUUUGCCUGAGCUAGAAGUCCACAUAAGAUAGUGUGCUCAACAAAUCUAAUAAUAACUUGUUUUAAAAAAAAUUUUCUACUUCUCCUCUAGCAUCAAACUCAGUAACAACCUCAAGCUUGGACUAAGAAUCUAAUAGAGCGAAUUCGUAUAACAAAGAUGAGAUUAAAGAAAAUAGUAGCUUUUAUAACAAUAGAAAAGAGUCCCCUCUAAUAUGGCGCAAUCAAAUAAAAAAUCAGUAAGAGUAAUUAAAUGAUUAGCAUUCUAAAAACUGGGCAGAUAAAUAUGAGAGUCAUAAAUACAAUAAAUAUAAACAAUAGUCAAGUAAUUUUUAAGGUAACAAACAUUAAACUCACUAUUAUAAAUCUUACCAAUACGAUAAUUAGUAAAACGAUUAAAAAAGAAAUGCAUAAGAAUUUUAAAACAAAAACUCACAAAAUCCAAAUUUUAAGUUUAAAAAAUUUUAAAAUGAUUUUCAAAACAGCCAUAAAAAGCACAAAGAAAGUUAUGAUUUUGAAUUUGAGGAUGAUGAUGAAGAAUUUAAUGAUUCUUUCAAAAGAAAGAAAGAAUAGACUAGGACUACUUAAAAUAAUAAUAAGUCUUUAUCUGAUAAAAAAAAUCACAAAUAGGUCAUCAAACAAACUAAACCUGUUUAACUUAUUGAUAUUUUAUCAUGA